GAUUUAGGUGUUGUUGUUGUUUUAAAAUUCGUCCAAUUUGGGCAGCAAUGGAAUCUAAUAAUACGGAUCAAAACGACGUUGAAAAUCUUCCUUCCAAUGUUGUAAUAAAGUAUCCUCUACUACCUUUUGAAAAGGAAAUUUUUAUUGAUGUAUUUGAAAAGGAUGCUCUCCUCAUAUUAGCUAAGGGAAUAAGCUAUAAUAAUAUAUUAGCAAAUCUAUUGUGGGUUUAUAAAGACCCUGGAAAUUUAGUGCUUGUAGUAAACAGUAGUGAACAUGAAGAAAAGCAUUUUAUGGAAAAAUUUGGGCUCACACCCUUACCUAAUCUUGGACCAGAAAGAGAAAAAAGUUACUUAGAGGGUGGAGUACAUUUUGUGUCGACAAGAAUUUUGGUUGUUGAUUUAUUAAAAAACAGAGUGCCCGUCUCUCAUGUAUCGGGUAUUAUUGUCCUGAGAGCUCAUACUGUAUUAGAAUCAUGCCAAGAAGCAUUUGCUCUCAGAUUAUAUAGACAAAAUAAUAAGACAGGUUUUAUCAAGGCAUUUUCAAAUUCUCCAAUCAGCUUUACUUUUGGGUAUCAUCAAGUAGAGAAAGUUAUGAGGGCUUUGUUUGUGACUGAAUUGUUUUUAUGGCCUAGGUUUCAUGGCACAAUAAUCAAAUGCCUCAAGAGCAGACAGGCACAAGUUGUUGAACUGCAUGUCAAUCUAACUACCAAUAUGAGCAGCAUACAAACAUGUCUCCUUGAUAUUAUGAACUACACUGUAAAGCAACUAAAAUGCAUCAAUAGAACACUGGACAUGAAGGAAAUUACUACAGAAAAUUGUAUUACAAAAAAGUUUCACAAAAUACUUCAAUCGCAGUUGGAUUGUGUGUGGCAUCAGCUAAGUACAAGAACAAAGGAAUACAUUCAAGAUCUUAAAGUAUUAAGAAGCAUGAUAAUCAAUCUGAUUCAUGAUGACUCAGUGUCAUUUUAUGCAUUAGUGAGCAAAUACAGGACUCCUGAGUAUGCUAAAGUGAAUUCCGGGUGGAUUCUUCUAGAUUCUGCAGAGCAAUUGUUUCGGCUAGCCAAAGCAAGAGUGUACAAUAAUAAGAAUGAAUUUGAUCCAGAAUUUACUCCAAAAUGGAAGUGUCUUAGUGACUUGCUGUUAGAAGAGAUUCCAGAAGAGGUAAAAAAGAAAGAAGGUGGAAGCAUCAAUAAUACCAAAAUUUUAAUACUCUGUCAAGACAAUAGGACAUGCUCUCAACUAAAUCACUAUUUAACUAUGGACCCCACUAAGUAUUUAUUUUAUAUGGCCUUUAGAAGAGACUUAACCAUCAAUACAGUUGCAGCCAAAUAUAAGAAAAUACAAAAAUUACCUGCCAAAACAGAUAAAGGUGAAAAAAGUAUAAAAACAAAUAGUAAGCAGAAUGUUACAGAUGACGUAAGGAAGUCUGAAUUGGAAGAGAGUGAAGAAGAGUUUGAUGCAGACGAAUCAAAAUCAAAUUAUGUUUUAACUCUUACACAAGUCACUUCUCAGAAGAAAGGGACAAAAUGUUUAUCUAAUGAAACUGUAUUUGAACCUAUUUCUCAAAUUGAUAAUUUAGACAUAACUCAAUUAGAAACUGAAAAACCAAUUAUAUGCAUCCAAACUUUCAAAGAAAAUGGUAAUGCUUUUUCAUUGGAGCAGACACUAGAAACCUUACGGCCCGACUACAUAAUAUUAUAUCACAAUGAUGUGGCUGCUGUAAGGCAAAUCGAAUUGUUUGAAUCUAGAAAAAGAUCUGAUGAAUUGGUUAGUAAAGUUUAUUUCAUAGUUUAUGACAAAACUGUGGAAGAACAAGCUUAUCUUACUUCGUUGAGAAGAGAAAAACAGGCAUUCGAAUUGUUGAUCGAAACCAAAAGUAUAAUGGUGGUGCCAUCAUAUCAAGACGGAAAGACCGAAGAAUUUUUUAAUCUGAAUGUAGAAGAUGAAAAUGAUACUGUAGAUACUAGAAAAGCAGGUGGCCAAGUUGUGAAAGAAAAACCUCUAGUAAUCGUUGAUAUGAGGGAGUUCCGUUCGGAUCUACCAGCAUUACUUCAUAAAAAAGGAAUCAACAUAGAACCUGUCACUAUUGUGAUUGGUGACUAUAUUCUCACACCGGAUAUUUGUGUCGAAAGAAAGUCUAUAUCAGAUUUAAUUGGGUCUCUAAAUUCUGGACGCCUGUACACACAAUGCACACAGAUGUGUCGAAAUUAUAGUAGACCGAUACUACUCAUAGAAUUUGAUCAGAAUAAACCUUUUAACCUACAAGGCCAUUUUGUAGUCUCAAGUGAUCUCUCAGGAGCUGAUAUCCAACAAAAACUACAGCUUCUCACAAUACAUUUUCCAAGAUUGAAACUAGUAUGGUCACCAAGUCCAUAUGCCACAGCUGAACUGUUUUUGGAACUCAAGCAAGGCAGAAAUAAUCCUAAUAGUGCAGAUGCCUUAGCACUCAGUGGUGAUAAUACGGCAGACGAUAUGAACUACGAGCGAUAUAAUAUAGUGGUUCAUGACUUUGUACAAAAAUUACCGGGGGUCACAUCGAAAAAUAUAUCAAGAAUAAUGAAUAAAGGAUUAUCACUAGACCAUUUAAUAACGUUAAACCAAGAUGAGCUAGAAAAAAUAAUUGAAAACAAAAAUGAGGCAGAAACUUUAUAUUCUAUAUUACAUGUUAAAACUACCCCAGCUGAUGUAAAUAAAGAAGAAAAACCAUUUGGAAGGAAGAAAUUUGGGGGGAAGAAUAUUUUUUACAAUAAAAAGACAUAGGUACAAUUUCCAAACUUAAUUUAUUUAUACAGUAGGAGAUUACAAAUAUGAAAUUCAGUGGUCAAUCACUAUAAUAUAUUAUUUAUUACAAUA